AUGACAACCAAAAAUCCCAAACAAACCAUUCGACCCAUAUACACAAAAGAGGACCUCAACAAGAUAGAAGCGGAACUAGAAAGAGCUGGUCUCUUUAUUGAAUACAGAGGCCGCGGUGGUUCGUACUUUAGAAAACUAAACCCCCUUCCCGCUCAGGGGCUUAUUGAAGCACCACCUCACACUCAGAUAACACGAAAUUCUAUAGAUUUCAAAGGUGAAAGGGCGCUUAACUUCGCUAUCUCACAGGGACGGGAACAAUGGUUUACGCCGUUUGUAGUUACCACAAGGCCGUUUCGUGGGCCAAACCUGUCCUCGGAUGAAGCGAUAAAGCACAUGGAGAGUGAAAUAAAAAGUUGGGAGUCCAGUGCAAUGUGUAAAACCAUUUUCAAAACACUACAGGACAUAUUGCCUACCAAUAUCAACAAGAUCAUUGCAUUUGGCUUGGGACAAAUUGGGGAUCUAGAAUUAGUAAGCCCAAUCAGAAUGUUUGACGUUCAAAGUUAUAGGGAGCACGCACUAUUGUUGACUAUAGCCAGGGCUUUGAAUGAAAGGAAAGGUACGAACCAAGGGAGUAAUGUAGCCGUUUAUCUUCAGGAUCCUGCUUACACAACUGUAUGCAAAAGCGUCCUUAGUGGCACAUAUGGGUUCCGGAUUAUCAACGGGUUUGGCGCCCGUGGCUUCACAAUGGUUGAUGAAAAUACUCUCGUCAUGGGUCACCACCCCAGCUUUCCUCUCCGAGAGAUUAUCGCAGAUAUUGCCCGACCUGCCGCUAUGUGUUGGCCGCCUCCAGAUCCAACACGAUUUCAAAACGUGUCCCAACGCCAUAUAAUAUAUGCCUCUGACGUUGAGUCUGUCCGUGUUGACGAGAUGCUAAAAGAGUACGAAGAAGUUUCGUUUCCCGGCUUUCGUUCUAAGCACCCUGUUCCCGACCAUGAUCAUUUCCAGAUAGAGUGGAUGGAGGAACCAUUUUAUGACAACGUAUGGUAUGUCCGAAAACCAAAGGCUUAG